AUGCCUGUUCUUUUUCUCCUCGUGGUGUUGUGCGCACCGCUCUUAACGUGCGCCGAUCGCAGCGCCGUUACCGUUGUGGAGAUCCAAGCCUUGACGUCCUUCAAGCUCAACCUUCAUGACCCCGUCGGAGCUCUCGAUGAUUGGGAUCCGUCGUCACCGGCGGCACCGUGCGACUGGCGUGGAGUCGCGUGCACCAAUGGCCGAGUCACGGAGCUGCGCCUGCCUCGCCUUCAACUCGGUGGCAGACUCAGUGACCGUGUCUCCGAGUUGCAGAUGCUACGCAAGAUAAGCCUUCGUUCCAACAACUUCAACGGAACUAUUCCUUCGUCGCUCUCCAAAUGCACGCUCUUACGGUCAUUGUUCCUGCAGGAAAAUUCAUUUUCCGGCCACCUUCCGACAGAGAUAGCGAACCUCACCGGUCUUCAGAUUCUCAACGUCGCGCUUAACCACCUCUCCGGCAGCAUCCCUGGCCUUCUCCCUCUCGGCCUCAAGUCCCUCGACCUCUCGUCGAACGCGUUCUCCGGCGAGAUACCGAGCUCCAUAGCGAACCUCUAUCAGCUUCAGUUGAUAAACCUGUCGUACAACCAGUUCUCCGGCGAGAUUCCGGCGAGCCUUGGGGCGCUUCAGCAGCUGCAGUACCUCUGGCUGGACCACAAUCUCCUCGGAGGAACGCUUCCUUCGGCGCUCGCUAAUUGCUCCUCGCUUCAGCAUCUGAGCGUGGAAGGAAACGCGCUUACCGGCGUGAUUCCAUCGGCGAUUUCGGCGCUUCCGAGACUUCAGGUGAUUUCCCUCUCUCAGAACAACUUCACCGGUUCCAUUCCAGCUUCCGUUUUCUGCCACGGUUCGGUCCACGCGCCGUCGCUGCGGAUUGUUCACCUCAGUUUCAACGGUUUCGUGGAUUUCGUGGGGCCUGAGAUGAGCACGUGUGUAAGUGUUCUUCAGGUUUUGGAUAUUCAACACAAUCGUAUACGAGGCACGUUUCCGUUGUGGUUGACUAACGUGACCACGUUGACCGUGCUUGAUGUUUCGAACAAUGCCCUUUCCGGGGAGGUUCCGCCUCAAAUUGGAAACCUCGUUAAAUUGGAGGAGUUGAAGAUGGCUAAUAAUUCCUUUACAGGUAGCAUUCCGGUGGAACUGAAGAAAUGUGGGUUCCUAAACGUCGUUGAUUUUGAAGGCAACAAGUUUGACGGAGAAGUUCCUUCGUUUUUGGGUGAUAUGACGGGGCUGAAGGUGCUUUCUCUCGGCGGGAACCACUUCUCUGGUUCGGUUCCGGUUAGUUUUGGAAACCUUUCAUUUCUUGAAACGUUGAGUUUGAGAGGUAAUCGGUUAAAUGGAAGUAUGCCUGAGAUGAUUAUGAGAUUGAACAAUUUGACGAUACUGGACCUAAGCGGAAACAAAUUUACGGGUCAAGUUUAUACAAGUAUUGGGAAUUUGAAUAAUUUGAUGGUUCUGAAUCUUAGUGGCAAUGGCUUCUCUGGAAAAAUUCCUGCUAGUUUGGGUAAUCUUUUCAAGCUAACUACGCUUGACUUGAGCAAACAGAAUCUUUCUGGAGAGUUACCGCUUGAGCUCUCGGGAUUGCCGAGUCUGCAAGUUGUUGCACUGCAAGAAAACAAGUUAUCCGGUGAUGUGCCUGAAGGGUUUAGCAGUUUGACGAGUUUGCAGUAUGUGAAUCUCAGUUCUAAUGUCUUUUCUGGGCAUAUUCCUGAAAGUUAUGGCUUUCUUCGUUCCUUGCUUGUUCUUUCGCUGUCUGAUAAUCACAUUACAGGAGCAAUCCCUUCAGAAAUUGGAAACUGCUCUGGUGUUGAAAUUCUUGAGCUUGGAUCAAAUUCUCUGGCUGGUCGCAUUCCUGUUGAUCUCUCUCGCCUCACCCUUUUGAGAGUGCUUGAUUUGAGUGGAAACAGUUUAACUGGGGAUGUGCCUGAGGAAAUCUCCAAAUGCUCGUGGUUAACCACUUUGCUGGUGGACCACAAUCAUCUUUCCGGGGGUAUACCUGGGUCCUUGUCGAAUCUACGAAACCUAACAAUGCUAGAUCUCUCUGCUAACAACUUGAGUGGGGAAAUUCCAAGCAAUCUUUCUAUCAUUCCCGGUUUAAUGUUCUUAAAUUUCUCGGGAAAUAACUUGGAUGGUGAGAUACCACCAACGUUGGGAUCUCGGUUCAGUAACCCCGAUGUAUUCGCAGAUAAUAAGGGUUUGUGUGGUAAGCCAUUGGAUACGAAAUGCGAAGAUAUAAAUCGUAAGGACAGAAAGAGGUUGAUAGUGCUUGUGGUUGUCGUUGCUUGUGGAGCUCUUGUACUGGUUUUGUUUUGCUGCUUCUACGUAUUUAGUCUAUUGAGAUGGCGUAAAAGACUGAAAAAAGGAGUAUCGGGUGAAAAGAAAAAGAGUCCCGCUAGAGCCAGUUCUGGAACAAGUGGAGGUCGUAGCAGCACUGAGAGUGGGGGACCAAAACUGGUGAUGUUCAACACCAAAAUUACACUUGCUGAGACCAUUGAAGCAACAAGACAGUUCGACGAAGAGAACGUGCUGAGCAGGACAAGGUAUGGACUAGUGUUCAAGGCCUGCUAUAACGAUGGAAUGGUCCUCUCCAUUCGCAGGCUCCAAGAUGGAUCAUUGGAUGAAAACAUGUUUAGAAAAGAAGCCGAAUCACUGGGGAAAGUGAAGCACCGAAACUUAACUGUUCUCAGAGGUUACUAUGCUGGGCCACCCGACAUGAGACUCCUAGUCUACGAUUACAUGCCCAAUGGAAACCUCGCAACCCUCCUACAAGAAGCUUCUCAUCAAGAUGGCCACGUUCUAAAUUGGCCAAUGCGACACCUCAUUGCAUUGGGCAUUGCCCGUGGUUUAGCCUUCCUACACCAAUCCUCAAUGGUCCACGGCAACGUAAAACCACAAAAUGUCCUAUUCGAUGCAGAUUUCGAAGCCCAUUUAUCAGAUUUCGGGUUAGACAAGUUAACAAUAGCAGCAACCCCAGGAGAAGCCUCCACUUCAGCAUCUGUUGGCACGUUGGGUUACUUUUCUCCAGAAGCAGUCUUAACCGGGGAAGCCACAAAGGAAAGUGAUGUUUACAGCUUUGGCAUUGUGUUUUUGGAACUGCUGACUGGAAAACGACCCGUCAUGUUCACCCAGGACGAAGACAUAGUUAAGUGGGUAAAAAAACAACUGCAAAGGGGUCAAAUAACAGAGCUACUAGAACCGGGCUUGCUUGAGUUGGACCCAGAAUCAUCAGAGUGGGAAGAGUUUUUACUGGGUGUAAAAGUUGGGUUACUUUGCACAGCACCUGACCCUUUUGAUCGACCAACCAUGGCUGACAUUGUUUUCAUGCUUGAAGGCUGCCGAGUCGGUCCUGAUAUCCCAUCCUCCGCGGAUCCCACCUCUCAACCUUCUCCGGCGUAA